GGGGUUGGGCUGGGGUAGAUUUGGGUAUUCUUUGUUUCUUUUAUUCCUUUUCCUGUGUAAACACUUUGGGCUACAUGUUGUGUAUGUAAAGUGCUAUAUAAAUAAAGACUGAUUGGUUGAUACCCUUGAACAAAAUCCGUAAUAAGAAGUAUCAAGUGCAUUUGCUGUUUUUUUUUAUAUGUGUUUUGUUUUGUCUAUUGUUGGGACUGUUUGUUGUAGUUAUUUGUAAUACAGAGAAUACAAUUGCUCUAUAUGUUAACUGAAAAUUACAAAUAAAGUGUUUUAAAAAGAAAAGAAAAGGGUGACUCAAACUCAGUAUCAAGUAAGUUACAUGUCAAUGUUUGUCCAGUAAUAUAAAAUGUCAUGAAAGUGAAUAGCUUCAAGUGUUACUAGACAACAACAAAAAAGCCUUCUCUGCCUGGUAUUUUCUCAUUGAUCCAGCCUUUUUAAACCUUGAAGAGUCAGACUGAAAAAGCCUUUCAGCCUCUUAAACGGGCACAGCUAGAAAAAUUCAUGUGUAAACCUCAGGUCAUGCUCUGGUAUGUAUGGCAGUUGUGGAGCAAAAAAUGUUACUUGAAGCCAGACCAGACCUUCAAGAGUGUGCAUGUUUAUGGUAAUCCAUUGAAGCUUCCCUCAAGCAAAUUGCUAAACAGAUCAGAUGCAGGGGACAGCUUACAGAGGACGGACCCCGGCCCUUGAGUGGAUUGCAUGGACAAACAGGAAUGACAACAUCUAACUGGGAAUUAUCUCAAGCGUAUAAGGCUGUCGGCAUGAAUCCAAAUCCAUAUGCAAUAGUUCGCUGUUUUACUGUAGAGUAUGUUUAGUGAGAAGCUGGAGCUAGUGUCCGCUGCACCUGCUGGACUAGUCAGUCAUUAACGGCCAACUGUCUGUCUGCGACAGCAGGCUAGCUAACAGAGAAUACGCUAGCAUUAAUGCUAAAUACAGAGCAUUUCAGCAAUCUAAACGAAGCCACUUAGCCGAUAUUUUUUAAAGAAAUUACAGGGAAUUUACUAACCUGUAUGGAAAGGAACUGUUGCCCCAUUCAGGGAGGACCAAUUCCUAGUUAAGGCGGACCGCUGCUGUGCCUGACUGUGCGUGUCUGAAACGCCCUGAUGAUGUUGUGAAGAGAGACCAGCCCAAAACUGUCACAGGAGGCUGUCUGUCAACAACGCGAGACUACAUUUCAUCUCUGCGUGUUUCAGACAUCGCUCUAUAAGCUUUUUAUUAACCAAGCUACCCUUAUCUUUGCCUAAAUUUUACUACAAAAACAGAUUUUUAACAUAACUUGUCGGGAAUCUAGUUAUAAGCAUAUCUCUUGGGGCUGUUAUUCCAUUAUGAUAAAAAAGAACUACAACUCCCAAAAGGACGUCUGACUGUGACGUUGAAUUUAUGCGACAGUCGUUACAGUCUAUGAAGAGAGCUCUUCUAGCUUUAUGGUUGAUUCCAAACACUAAGGUAUGUGCUUAUUUAUAACCAAUAUAACGCUUCUUUCAAAUCGAACAGCCUAUUAGAGGGACAAUAUUUAAUAAUGCAGAUUGGAAACAUUCACUGUUGGCCUCAACGGCUAAGUAGUAGCUUAGUAGCAGCUACACUAACGCAGGUGAGAGCUAGUUUACAUGUCCUAUCAGACGCAUAUUCAUACUCUGAAUCGGUAAGGUAAAUGUUAUCUCAUCAUUUCUUUAAUUUGUGGGGGUUUAAGAUGUUUUAAAGGAGGAACAUUUAGGAUUGGUUAAACAGGUGUUAGACUGACUUUUCUCACAGCACAGUUGGUCAAUGUCUGUUCAAAAUGUAGUCGGUUUGACUGAAAGGUGCACCAUCAAUGUGAUAAUUCUUCUGUGCAUCAAUGAAAGUUGAACAAAUCAGUCACGCAGAAUGGGUGUUUAUUGUCAGAGUACUGUCAUGUUUCUUGUCUAAAUGGCUCAGGAUAUUGUCUGCACUCAGGCGGGUACUUUACACCUUUUUUGGCUUCACAAGUCAGGUCACAGUGCAUGAUGUUAAUCCUCCCCAGACCAUAAUAAACCCUCUGCCAGUCAACCAAGUGUAAACAUUAACAUUUACAGGGUCGUCCAAUCAAUGAGAAAGCUUUUGUAGAUUGAAGAACAAAGAUAGAUGAGAAAAUAGUAGUUUGAGAUUAUUAUUCUGUUAACCUACUUAUCAUUGCUGUUCUAAAAAACAACAUAUGUUACAAAGAUGGGGAGAUUUUCAUGUGCAUUUGAGGGCAGACAGAAAAGAUUUUUUGUGAGAUUCUGCUGUUUUCUGGAGCCAAUGUCCUAGUCCUGUUUUAUUUGAGUCAUCUUUUACUUAUGUCUGCUAUUUUGCUUCCCUCUUUUCUUACCACAUUUAUUUCUAUAUCAUAAGCUUUAUUGUUUGUGAAUGACUUUGUAAUGUCUGUUUUUAUAAGUGAUGCAUAAAUAAACAUUGUUAUUAUCAUUUUGUAGAUUGAAGAAAAAACAGAUUGUAGUAGUUUGAGAUUAUUAUUCUUUUAACCUACUUACCAUUGCUGUUCUAAAAAACAACGUAUGUUACAAAGAUGGGGAGAUUUUCAUGAGCAUUUGAGGGAAGACAGAAAUAAAUCCAUACUGUUUCCCUUUUUUAAAAUAAGAUUUUUUGUGAGAUUUUGCUGUUUUCAUCUUUUCAUCAUCACAUUGCUUUGUCUUUAGUGGUCACCAUGGUGAUGAAAUCAACAGUCGAAGAUGAUGACGCCGGCUGGGGGUUGGGCAUCCCAGAAAAAAUGAAGAACAAUGCCAACUGGGUCGAUAUAACACAUGAAUUUAAGGGUGCAUGCAAAGGUACAGGCUCCUUCUUAUCUAGUGUGUUAGUCAUUGUUAUCACACAAAACAAGUUGUCUUAUUUCUCCUUUUCUCUCAUCCUUGUGCUUUAUCUAUGUAGAGCUGAACCUUGGGGAGCUGCUCCAUGACAAACUGUGAGUAAGACAAAGUCUUUUUGUGGAAUCAUGCAAACAAUUUGACCCUGUGAUCCUUUUAUUCUUGAUGAAAACAAACAUUUAAAACACUCCCAUCUGUGGUGGUAGGUUUGGCCUGUUUGAGGCCAUGUCAGCCAUAGAGAUGAUGGAUCCAAAGAUGGAUGCAGGGAUGAUCGGAAACCAAGUCAACAGAAAAGUUCUCAACUUUGAGCAAGCUAUCAAGGUACAGUGCUGCUGACCUCUGACCAGUUAAACAAUAAACUGGGAUAAGACCAGAAUUUCCCCAAUUGUUAGGUGUUUAUCCAAAACUUGUGACUGGUAGCCUAGAUUUUUUUUUUUUUUUUCCACAGUAUAGGGUAAAAUGACGCACCUUGUUCCUGAUUAUAUUGUGUUACUUCCAUAUGUUCAAUGUAGGAGGGUGCCAUUAAAGUAAAAGAUCUUAGUCUUCCUGAACUCAUCGGGAUCAUUGACACAUGUUUCUGCUGUUUGGUGAGUUUCACUUUCUCAUAUUGUGAACUGUGUGAGUUUUCAAGAAAAGUUAUUGUGUCUUCUAUCCAGCCACUGUUUUUCAUGGCUUUUACUACUUAUUAUUUUAUUCAGUUCUGUUUUAGUUGAGUCAUCUUUUACAAGUGCCAUAUAAAUAAACAUUAAUAUUAUCAUUUUUUUAGUUACUCUCAUCCACAUGCUUGUUCGAGGUCAUUUGAAAUCGCUGCUCUUUGAGAAUAAGAGAAAAAAAAAACAGAAAAGACUCUUUGUAAGACACAUUUUUUUUCUUAAUUUGAUUUUUACCACAGAAAGACUCUUUCUGGGCUGGCAGAAAAAAAAAUCAUCAAAAGUUGUUAUCUUUAAGAUGUCUUGACAUGUUUUAAGGCCCCUUGAAAUGUAGAAGAAGAAUUUUUUGAGAAAUCCAGCAGUCCUCAGAUGUUCAUGUUUUUUGUGUGUGUGUGUUUGCAUUUAUAGAUCACAUGGCUAGAAGGCCACUCCCUGGCACAGACUGUGUUCACCUGUCUGUAUGUCCAUAACCCGGACCUGAUAGAGGAGCCCGCCCUCAAAGCCUUCGCUCUUGGCAUUCUGAAGGUGUGCGACAUCGCUCGGGAGAAAGUCAACAAAGCUGCUGUGUUUGAGGAGGUAAGCGACUCUUGAAGGUCUGUCUGUUUAUGUCUGAAAAUGUAUGACUCAGCACUAAUUAAAUAUUAAAAGUUUUAAAAUAUUUUUAUGUGAAUAUCCUUGUGGCAAUAUCUGAGUUAUUUCCAAGGCUAUUGAAUCAUUGAUCAUGCUGCUCAGUCUUAAGGAAACGUGACAAAUUCAUUUUUCAUUUAAAUAUUGUGUCUUCAGUGUUGUAUUUCAGCUUUAUUAUCUGCUUCAUUUUGUCUGUAGGAGGACUUUCAGGCCAUGACCUAUGGCUUCAAAAUGGCCAAUAAUGUCACAGACCUGCGUGUGACAGGUACUAACACCCUCUAUGACAAUACUUCAUUUCAAGUUCAUUAGGCCCUUAAUUUUGAUGGAAGGCUGGGGCCGUUACAGAUCAUUGUAGAGAAUACAGUCGAGCAAGAGGACUUGAUGUCAUCUCUCUGCCGUUUGUUCUUUCUGUUAGGUAUGCUGAAGGAUGUGGAGGAUGAGUUGCAGAGGAAAGUAAAGGUAUUUGUUCUUGGCCAUAGUCUUUGUCUUUUCAAUCAAUGUUUUUGAUACAAAUUUUGAGCAUUAUGUUGUUUAAUGGUGUCCCUCCUUCCUGACACCUCAGAGCACUCGCAGUCGACAAGGUGAGCAGCGAAACCCGGAGGUCGAGCUGGAGGUAAGUCUGGUCAUCCCUUUGUAUUUGUGAAAUUUCUGUUUUUACAGAAAAGUUUUUAAAAGGGGAAUGGUUCUGAAGUAGCACUUAGAACAUCGCAGGAAAAUUACAAUUUUCCUUUGAUAACGCCACAAAAUGCAGAUAGAGUAGUGACACAGCUCUUGUGAAGCCUAUACCCAACAUUUCAGCCAGAAACUAAUCUUUGAACUGUCUUUCCUUCUGUGCCCAUUAUUUUUGUUUCCCUUCCAAUAUCUAUGAUUAGUGUGGGAUUUGCAGGACCCCAGGAGACUCUCCUCUGGAAUUUCCAGCUGUUACAACAGUCAUGAUGAUAAAGAAGAGAGAAAAGAUCAGAUCCAAAAAUGGACUUGGUCUAAACUUAACCAAAAUGUGGCCUUUGUUGUUGCUUAGAGCUUCAAAGACUUGAUGUAUUGUUAGCUUUGCACAUACACAUGUGAUGAUUUUGUGUCCUCAUGCUUUAUUUCUCCAGCACCAGCAGUAUUUGGCACUUUUCAACAGAAUCAAGUUUACACGCCUUUUGCUGACUGCACUAAUCACCUUUACCAAGAAAGAGGUAAGAGAAAAACACGAUAAGACAAUAACGGUAAAUGAUGUCUACAGCAAGAGCAGUGAGGAGUAUUAUUUAAAGUAUCUUUUUCAAUUGCAUGGACACUUAUCAUUAUAUGUAUUUUUGUUUUGUUAGUAAUGGUUUAUGGUGGUAUCUGUUCUCAGACAAGUUCGGUGGGAGAGGCCCAGAAGCUUGUAGCUCAGGCAGCUGACCUUUUAUCAGCCAUUCAUUCCAGCAUUCAGCACGGCAUCCAGUCACAGAAUGAUACCACCAAAGGAGGUAUUGUACACACCACAGGUUUUUGAUAUCUUGCACAGGAUAAGAGUGCUCUAUAAUUACAGUGUUGGCUGGAUUGUCUUUUAAUAUUUUUUCUUCUGUUUGUACUCUAGACCACCCCAUCAUGAUGGGCUUUGAACCCCUUGUAAAUCAAAGACUGCUGCCACCUACCUUUCCCCGCUAUGCCAAGAUCAUCAAGAGGGAGGACAUGGUGGCCUACUUUGGGAAACUCAUAGAACGGAUCAAGACCGUGUGUGAUGUGAUCAAUACCACCAACCUCCAUGGCAUACUGGUAACGGCAUCUGCUCAACACGAUAGCAGCUUUUGCUUUUAAAUCACAUUUAUGGACCGCAACCCAGUUUAAAGUGUGGCUGAAGAGCUGUUAUUUUAUAUUACUUAGUACAAAUUUAUAUUUUAAAAUUGUUUUUUUUUUUCAUCUUUUUAGACAUGAAUGACAAGUGUGCAUUAAUCGAGACUAUGGUUAUCCUGUUUUGUUUUCCUCAGGACUUCUUCUGUGAGUUCAGUGAGCAGUCUCCCUGUGUGCUCUCCAGAUCUCUCCUUCAGGUUAACUUCUGCUUAUAUUUUAAAGGGUCACACUUUUUCUGAGAUAAACACGUGUUCCCGAAAUGUGUGAAAAUCUACUUUGCAUUCAUGUAUCGGUUAUUGAAAUUUGUAGAUAUUGUCAUUUAAUUGUGGUAAUAAAUAUUGAUGUUAAAAACUCAGGGUACCAGAGCUAAAUAUAUGUUUUUUCCUCCUUAAUGCAGACUACGUUCUUGAUCGAUAAUAAGAAAGUGUUUGGGACCCACUUGAUGCAGGACAUGAUUAAAGACGCUCUGAGAUACUUUGUCAGCCCACCUGUGCUCUCUCACAAGUAAGUAAAAACAAAUAAAAUAGAAUGAAGAAACAAUAACAUUGAAAUCAUUACAAAUUUUCAGGUCCAAUAAUGUGAGUUGGUUUGGAGCUGCUUCUAGCUGUAUGCAAGCAUGAGCUCUAGACUCUCUUAAAUAAUCUUUAUGUGUUACCAGCUAUUUGACUUGAGCUUUUAUGUCUGUUAGAGUGUGUUCUUGUAUGUGAAUGUCUUCUCUGUUCCAGGUGUUGUCUGUUCAACAACCACCAAGCCAAGGACUACAUUGACUCCUUUGUUACGCACUGCUCCAGGGUAUGUUACUUUUACUUAUGUGUCUGUUAUUAUGUGUCUGUGUGGUGACUGUUUGAAGAUUUUCAGAGAUGUUGGACAUUGAGUGGAGCUUUGAAAGUAUGGAUUAGUCGGUCAUCAGCCCUGAACAUAAAUGGUCAAUUAGCGAAGUUGUGUAAAUUUGUAAGCUCUGUCUUUUCACCCUACAGCCAUUCUGUAGUCUGAUCCAGAUCCAUGGACACAACCGAGCCCGGCAGCGAGACAAGUUGGGUCACAUUCUUGAAGAGUUUGCCACACUGCAGGAUGAGGUGAACUACGGCUGUUUGUACCCUCAUUUUAAGCUGAAAUAAGAAGGAAAAAAGAUGAAUGAAAUAGACAAAUUGUUGUGCUUUCUUGACUUACAAUCAACUACGAAAUUAUUCUUUUGUGUCCUGCAGGCAGAGAAGGUAGAUGCCGCCCUUCACAGCCUGUUGAUGAAACUCGAGCCUCAGCGACAGCAUCUUGCCUGCCUUGGCACCUGGAUCCUGUACCACAAUCUGAGGAUCAUGAUCCAGUACCUGCUGAGUGGCUUUGAACUGGAGCUCUAUAGCAUGCAUGAGUACUAUUACAUCUACUGGUGAGAGCACACAUGCUUGGUUUGAUGCUCACUUUAUUAACUGGUUGACACAAACUCAAACUGAAGGCCCACAAAGUAAAACCCAGCUAUAAUUUGACUUUUAUUCAUCUUUAAAUGAGCAUGUCUUUGUUUUUCACUGCAGGUACCUGUCAGAGUUUCUUUACGCAUGGUUGAUGUCCACUCUGAGCAGGGCUGACUCCUCUCAGAUGGCAGAGGAGCGGAUUAUGGAGGAGCAGCUGAAAGGACGCAGCAGCAAAAAGACGAAGAAGAAGAAAAAAGGUGCACAGAUGAGCAGUUAUUUGUACACCAUGUUAACCAGGAGUUGCACAGAAACAGCAUGUUACUGAAUAUGGGGGUGUUUUCCUCUUGUCCCCGCUUGUCCUUAUAAUGAUACGCUUUGGCUUUCUGUGUAGUUCGCCCACUCAGCAAGGAAAUCACUAUGAGCCAAGCAUACCAGAACAUGUGUGCUGGCAUGUACAAGGUAGGACACCAGUGCUAAUGCAAUUUGGACUCCUCUGUACACUGCAGUGUUAUCCAUCCUUGUUUCCUCUCUCCUCAGACCAUGGUAGCUUUGGAUAUGGACGGAAAGGUGCAUAAGCCUCAGUUUGAGUUGGACAGUGAGCAGGUUCGCUAUGAGCACCGUUUUGCUCCCUUUAACAGCGUGGUGACCCCUCCACCCGUGCACUACAUCCAGUUCAAGGUACUGAAGCAGGUCUUCAUUUCUGUAUCCUCCUCCCUUCACCUCCAGCCUUCACUUAUUUUUAUUUCACUUGCUCAUAUUCCUGUAACUAGAUUGUAUCAUACAGAAUUUCUUCUUUUAUCUGACGUACAUUUUCAUUUCCCACCCUUCUUGGGCGAAUCUUACCCUCUGCAGGAGAUGUCUGAUCUGAAGAAGUACAAUCCUCCACCAGGCUCUGCGGACCUCUACCUGGCUGCCAGCAAACAUUUCCAGCAGGCCAAGCUUAUCCUGGAAAAUGUGCCCAGCCCAGACCCUGAGGUCAGGAAAUUGAUAUUUAGAUAGAUAGAUAGAUAGAUAGAUAGAUAGAUAGAUAGACAGACAGACAGACAGACAGACAGACAGACAGACAGACAGACAGACAGACAGACAGACAGACAGACAGACACUUAACAAGAACCAUAACUUAUAAAUGGUAAAAAGACCAUUUCUAAAUGGUAAGCAGAUAGUUUAUUGAUGUUUAAUCAUCAUUUAUGAAUAGCAUAUAGACCAUAAAUAAAUUGUAAUUACACAGUUUAUUUAUGUUUCAUUAUCAAUUAUAAAUGGUAAAAAGAUACUUUAUUAAUGUAAGUUAAUAGUUACUUUACUAUUCACAAGUUAAAAGCUAUUCUAAGUAAUGUUUAAAGAUGGUUUAAAAACUAAAUAUUAACCAUUUACAAAGUGAUACUGACACAUAUUUUAAUCUAGAUGUUUUACAACUAAUAUUUAAACCCUAUAUAAACCUUUAAUAAAUAGUCCAUCAAUAAUUAAUGAAAAUUAUUAAUAAUAAUUUCAUUGCUUGUAAAUGGUCAAGUAACUAUUAACUUAGAUUAAUAAACUGUCUAUUUGCCAUUUAUGAAUUAUGAUUAUUUUAAAAUGUUACCAUAGAUAGAUAGAUAGAUAGAUAGAUAGAUAGAUAGAUUAGUCUCAUGUUUUAAGAUUUGUUAUAUUUUGCAUUUUUGCAUUAUAUUUCCGUUAAUAUAUUCAUAUAUCAAGAGCAUUUAAAUGUUUUUUCCAAAGUACAGCAGCCUCCCCCCCAGAGUAUUUAUUCCACUUUAUUGUACUAAUCUGAAACAAUCUUUUUUGUUUGCACUCUUGCUUUUUUUAAUUAUGUUGUAACUAUUUGAUGUUUGGGAACAGGUAAACCGUAUACUGAAGGUGGCCAAGCCCAACAUAGUGGUCAUGAAGCUCUUGGCUGGAGGUCACAAAAAGGAGACAAAGGUAAUCCAGAGUAUCUACAUUGUUUUUAUCACCAUUAGGUUAUAUUGUUACAGUUAAUCGAAGCAUUGAGACUUUGAUGUGACUUUGAAACAAAGAAAAAUAGUGCAUUGUGAUUGGCUAAUGUUAAUGUAGUAACAUUUGUAACACAACUAAAUAUUGUUAAACUUUAUUGGAGUGAAACCCCAAUUUCUGCCCCUCAAGGUCCUGCCAGAGUUUGACUUCUCAGCUCACAAGUAUUUCCCUGUGGUCAAGAUUAUCUGACCCAGCACUAAGAGUGUCAUCACGAAGACUGUCAGCUGCAAAGACCAUACCCUCACAGGAACAGGAAGUGUGCAAAUGUUCCCCAUCCAGUCCAUGUCUGGUGUGUUUGUUCGUUUGUGUGACACACCUAACUAAAGUCAAAAAAGAGCUUUUUUUUCUGUCUUAAUAAGAGAUGAUGGGAAACAGUCUUGCAAGUGAACCUGAACAAUUGAUUUUAUUCACAUCCGCAUUUGUUUGUAUGUGUGUUUCUGCAUGUGUGUGAAAGUCAGACAUGUUAAGGUGCUUUUGUACAAAGAACUGGCCUAUGAGAUCUUUUAUAAGCUGCCUUCAGAGCAAGAACAUCUUGAAGUAUUUAAAAGUACAGCCGAAACAGAAAUAAGUGCAUAUCAUUCAAUCAUACAAAAACUUUUUAUGUAUUUAUGUGCUUAUCUGAAUAAAAAUGUGUCUGAAAAA